GCUAAAUCAGACAUAGUGUUAGAUCAUCUCCUAAUUUUGACCUAUAAAGUCAAAGUGUUUCUUCGUGAUCGUGUUUCUCUAUUACAUCUUAUGCAUUAUGCAUUAGCAAUUUUAAAUAAUUCAGACUGUAAAUCCACG